GAGUGAAGAACACAAAUAUCAAUGCUCAAAGAAGCAAAAUAGCAUCGUAUAGUUAUCCGGAUACAAAACGUCUUGACUAAACCCUAAAAGCAAACUUAACCGAAGAAAAAACAACCUCGUGUUCAACACGAAUAUUUCACUUGACUCACUUCGCCAUUGCAACACCUUUGCCACAACUUAUCGUAAAUUCGGGAUACGGAUUUACAAGCGUGUGAGAGGCAACCUUGACACAAUCUUUGACUUAAAUUGACUUUAAAGGAUAUAGUAUGCAAUGGAAUUCUUAAAAUGCCGAUAUGUCCUUUGAAAAGGGCCAGAGAAGCGAAAUAAACCCGACGUAGUAGCCACUACGGCAAAAGAUCCUGACUCACGUAGUCUGAUUUCACGCUACGGCUGGAUGCAACCGACGUACACGCGCAGGGUCUCAUUCUGGGGAAAAUUUACUUCCGGCAGCCGUAUCAGCGCCAGCCGUAACGAUUUGCUUAAAGUCCCUAAUCUUGGGACACCGCAUACACUUAAAAUUUUUAAUAAUUUUCAUCCACUUUAGUUUAUCGGCACGGAAAAGCGUUUACCACCACUCUUUCUGUGAAGUUUCAAAGUUGUCUUGAUAACCGGGGACUGGCCGUACGCGCCCAUGAACUUUUUCGUUUGACCGCUUUCAAGGCGAACUCUGGGCUCGUAAUUGUAUGAUUGACAGCGGUGUUGCUAGUAAACAAACAUGGCGGCUGUGGAGGAUGUGACUGCGAACCUUCCGUCGCUGCAAUUUGAAGCGGCCUUAACUCGCGAGGAAAAACAAAUGCUGUAUUUACGCGGAAGAAGUCAUGCUCUGACGGUCUCCGCUUGUGCACAAGCGGCUUUUCUGGUGGCUGUACUAAAUGAUGCUAGACAAAAAAUUGUGGAGAUAAAGUUUCCAGUGAAGAAAAGGUCAUCUAAACUUUUACAAGAGGCCCCCAAGAGAGAUCCAUUGUUGGUGGGAAUCAUAGGUUGUGGCCGUCUGGGAAAGCAGCUUGCAAGCACUCUACUAAAAUUCUCUGAUGUUCACCCUGAAGAGUUAUUUCUCUCAACAAGGAGGCCAGAAACAUUGUCUGCCUUGCAAAUAAAAGGAGUUCAUUGUGGAUUUGACAAUGCAAAGGUGUGUUCCUCGGUUCAUUUACUGUUCAUUUGCUGUCUACCAUCACAGCUGCAAACAGUGGCUAAGGAAAUCAAAGGACACUUGAAAUGCCCUGUUUACGUUUUAGUUGGAGGGACACCACUCUUGAGGAUUUGUCAGCUGCUGGGGUAUGAUCAGAUCAUCAAGCCGGAGUUUUCCUGGAAAAAACCAGACCCAGAUGACGAGUCUUGUAACAACUGGAAUAUCGGUAAAGAAAUUAACGAGAUCCUUCGCGAAGAUCCUAGCAGUUGUGACGUCACAUGUCCUCUUAAUCUGAACAAAGAUACUGCCAUUGUACAGACGGCUGAAGAAUGGGCCGAGUUGGCUGUUCUUGCUUUUUUUAACAUGUGUACAGAUAAGGAGUUGGACAAAGAGGAAACUAUACGACUUUGUAACACUAUCAUGUUUGGCAUGGGUCCUACAGAUGACCCUCUUGAUGGUAUCUCCCUAGAUGAAGUUGUUUCUGAUGAGAACCCAUUGGCAAUAAGUAACAGCAGCGUGGAUGAAAAAUAUUUUCCACGGUUCGAUCUCAGUAAACUCUCCACCAGUCGGUGGAAAAUCGGAGAACGUCUGAUGGAACCAAGCGGGAGCCUGAGGCGAUUGUUUGUCAAGAGAUACCGAGCGGUGUUUGACAAAUUUCAGUACUGGAAGGGCGUUCCGACGAGCAUGUCUUAAUCAGCGAAGAGAUUAAAAUUAAGUGUCGCUAGGGAUUUUAUUUUUGUUCUAUUUUGUAAAUAAUGACCGUUGUGAAUUUUUUGUCUAUAUCACAUUCUUGCAUCUACGUGAGUGUUUAUGUCGUUAACCAAAAGAAUAUUGUCAACUUGGUUUUCUCAGCGAGAUGUUCAUGAACGAUUCUCUGCACAGUUUUAUUAUUCAAAUACUGUGUAAGCAUUGAGUUGAUCUUGAUAUUUAUCAGUAAAUUGUUAUGAAAAUUAA